CCAGAACCGAUGCCAACGGUUCACCUCGACCGAUGCCAACGGUUCGCCCUAUGCGAAACCGGGACAGAUUGUUCGUUCAUUCGUUCGUUAACCUCACAGAUCGGAGAGAGAGAGAAGAACGCGUCUUCUCCCUCUGUUUGUCUCCUCUCAAGACUCUCUCCCUCCCUCCCUCAUUGUUCACUGACCCCUUCUCUACAUUUCAUUGAAGCUGGCUCAAUCUGCUGCAGUACUGUAACAGUCCGUGAGAGUUGACUGAGUCAAUGGCGCUCAAGAGCUUGGUAUUGGCGCUUGCCUUGCUCGCCUCGGCCUAUGGCCAAGGUACGCGUAGAAGGCCGGACGGAGCACACACAGGAGGGCGGCACGCACCUGCAGUGCAGAAUGCAUAGAUCUGCUAUGUCGUCGUCUGUGUGUUGUUGCGUGUGUGUCUGGCUGGCAGGGAGGGACACGAACUUGCUGAGUCAGGUGCGUCGUCGCACACAGGCACAAGGUGAGGUCAAAGCCGAUACGCACGCACAAGACGACACGCCUUGAUUCGCACACUGUGUGUGUGUAUGUGUGCGUGUGUGUGUGGCGCCUUUGACCGUCCAUGUGCAGCGAUCGGCAGCAUCUGCUCGGAGGCUGUGAAGUACCUGAGCUCGAGCAUCAGAAUUCCGACUGGACUCGACAUCGACUACCAAACCAUAAGAACACCCUGCAUCAACACCGACAUCGUCAACGACGCCGCGGAGGGGGUCCAGGAUGCUGCUGAACGAGCAAGACAAGGGGCCCAGGAUGCUGCUGAAGGAGCCGCUCAGGGGGUCCAGGAUGCUGCUGAAGGAGCCGCUCAGGGGGUCCAGGAUGCUGCUGAAGGAGCUGCUCAGGGGGUCCAGAAUGCUGCUGAAGGAGCCGCUCAGGGGGUCCAGGAGGCCGUUGACCGAUUCAACCCAUUUCGGAGGCUGGCUCCCGUCGUGGAUACAUGCGGUAAGCGGGCUUGCAACAGGCCAGAGACAGGCAGGCGAGUAUGGAAUGCGGGCGACUGUGCGCUCUGGCUGUGUGUACGUAGAGAAUAAGGUGCCCAAGGGUGCGUCGAUCAAGUGGGACGAAAAGUCCCUCAGUUCGAUGAUUGGUGGCGAUGUGACGAGGACUCUCGAGGCGAGCUGCGAGUGCUUCGAAUUGGCUGAUGAGAUUCUGCGAGAGGGGCUGCAGAACUCCUUCGAAAGCGUCGACCAUAACGAGGCGGUCUCUGCCGCUCUCACAGUAGGCACAUGAAUGGAGGCGAGAAAGGGAAUUUGUGCGUGUAUCUCACUCUCUCUCUCUGUCUUGUGUGUGUGUGUGUGUGUGUGUGUGUGUGCAGUCGGGUCUCAAGGUGCAGAACUGUCUGAUCGACCUGGGGUUGAACGUGCAAGAGCCGGACAAGGACAAUGUCCUGGCUGAGAUCCGAGACUCUCGCGGUGCUACAGUGAGUCGCGUCGCCGAGCUGGAGGAGAUCGACUUGGCCUUCUACCAGAAGGUGCGUGAGGCCACUGAUGUCAGCCGGAUCUCGCGUGUCCUGUCAGCAGGGAGAAAGUUUGUGUGUAUGUGUGUGCAGAUCGUUGGACUCGGUGCUGCCUGCGUAGCCACGGGCUCCACAUGUGACCAACUGAUCAACGAAUUCCGCCUCUAUCUGGUACACACACACCACAUUCACGCCUGACAUAAUCCCAGAUUCACACACACGAUGCUUCGCGUGUGCUGCAUUGCAGGAGAAUUCUGCUGACCGAUUGGCUGAUGAGUUUGUGGCUCUCAAAGACGACAUCGUCGAUCGGAUCAACACUGUCACGUCAGCUGUGACCGAUCGCAUGAACGUCCUCGAGAGGGUCCCCCAGCUCCUUCGCAAGACCCGUGCAGACCUUGAAGCAUGUACCAGCGAGACCCAAAGCAGUGUAGAGCAGUCCUCCAUCGCCCAGCUGAACGAGAUGGCUGCCAAGAUCGAGAGACUGACGACACUCAUGGACACCGUCCCUGCAGUUCUGGACGCACUGCAGGCCGCCAAGGACCUUUACAAGCUGAUGAACUAUAGGGAGACUAUUGCCGAGGCCAUUUCAAGCGGCCGGGCGCCCGACCUGCCGUCGAUGGUGGAGGGGCUGAAGGGAGGCACCAAGGUACGUGAGCGUGUGCCACACUCGAGACACAGCUGGGUUUAAAUCGGUGCGUGUGGGCUGUGCUUGGUCUGUCCGGUAGGUGGCUGGGGCGUUUGAGCAAGUCAAGACGCUGUUUACGGACUUCGACGACGUCUUGUUUGACGUGACCCUCCUCGAGUCAAUUCCCGAGAAUCAGAUGCCAAGCGGCCUGGAGGACUGCAUGCGUCGUCGAGGGGAGAACGCCUUCAUGGACCUGGACACGGCCUCUCUUGCCGUGCCUGACGUCCGAGAAAUGGCAGACAAGAUAAUUGUCACGAAUUUGGAAGUGCGAGGUGGCGUGGCCAGCUACUCCAGGUGUGCACGGCUCACACACAUACACACUCUUACGACAUGACGUGCCUGUUUGUGGCCAAUGUGCUGUGUCGCGUACAUAGGUUCAUCGAUAUCAGUGUGCCGAUGCCGUGCUCGCGGAUGGAGGACAAGUGCUUCGAGGUCAAGGAGAUCGGCUUCAAGCAAUGUGGUAGGUGACCUAGCAUAGGCCAACAAACGCUGCAUGCACCAGCAGUCAGCAUAUGCAUUUGUACGUGUGGCUUCCUUUCCUUCUCUGCAACAAUCAGUGGACUGGCCUGAGUUCUAUGAGUGCACGUAUGAGAAGGAGGUGCCAUUGCCGAACCACCACAUCCCCUGGGUCGGCUUCUACCUCUAUACGAGGAACCCGCAUUAGCGGGCUUGCAAGCGACCAGGCAGGUGAGUAUACAAUGCGGACACAGUGCACAUGUCCAUCGAUGAUGCGUGCUGAUAUCUGCUGUCAUUUUCUUUCGUGUGCACGCACUGACAGGUUCUGCCAGCAGCUGAUGGUGGUGGCUGACUGCUUCGUUCACCUUUGUGCUCUCCCGCUGUUUCUGCAUUCAUGCUGCGUGUAGGGGGAAAAAGUACCGCCACGGAUCCUUCGAUGGAUGGUGUUGUGUGCGACGGAUUGCUUGUUUCGUGUGUGUGUAUGAAGAAAGCGAUCUUUCCUUACAUAGAAAGCGUAUGUGUGUAGGUUAUGUAUGUAGGUUAUUUAUGUAUGUAUGUAUGUAUGUGUGUGUGUCGUCUGAUCGAUGGCUGCAUCCAUUAUUGUGUUGACGAAAGACACAGCUGCUCCAGACAGGCAGGCAGGCAGGCAAGCAGGCAUCGUUUUGCGAUCAGCAAAAGAGGCAGGCCUCGUGUGCGUAAGUGCUCGCCUCUGUGCCUCGCAGCAAUGGGCUGGCUCUCGCUAUGAGGACAGGCAGUGGUUAGUUGCGCAUGUAGGUACGUAGACAGACACAUGGAUGAAGGGAAUGUGCGUGCAUACAGCUUUUUUGCUGUGACUUGAGUGUAUGUUGCUAUGUACGUUUGGUUUUCCGAGUAUUGGUCUGUCUGUCUGUCUGUCCGUCUGCGAGUUCAUCAUUGUUGACAUGCACAGACACGAAAGCACGCAGCCAGGCAGGAAGGGCGUCUGUGUGGGGUCGGCUAGAUGUGUGGUUUCCUGUCUAUAUGUGUUUUCUGCCUUUCUCCCUGGCCAUCUCUUGGGUAGAUGGGCAUGCGUGAAGGACAGACCAACACAGCUGUCUGUGUUGAAUCGAAUGCAAGAGAAAGAUAGGAUGCAUAUGCCGUCAGAGAGACACACGAACCAAAGCAACGACCAGACGGUAUUUAUUGUUUCGGUCUUUGUGUACGGACGGAUGCAUGGCGGACUGUUUGUCAUACCUGCUGUCAAGACAGAUGUAGGAUGGCUUUUAUAUAUGCGUGUGUCUGAGUGUGUGCGUCCUCCCAUCCGUGCCUCCGUGCCACCUGUUGUCUGGCUGUUUUGACUGUCCUCUUCGGCGUGCAUGAAUGGCUGUGCGCAAGUGCGUGUUGUGGGUUUUGUUUACUUGGCUCCCAUUUCUGUGAGUGUUUCAUCACCGAAUGCAUGCCUGCGAGUUUGACCACAGAGGAGGCCACACCGAAAGACAGGUUUUUAUAUGCAUGAAUGCACGAUGCGAAGCGAGUCAGGUUUGAGUGUGUGCCGUGAGAGAGGCAGGCAGGAAAGAGGCUUUCGUCAGCCAUCCUCGCUGUGUGUGUGUGUGUGUGUGUGGAUUGCUGUCCACGUGUGUCGUCUGCCUUUUUUGUCAGGUGCCAGUGUGUGGUUCGGCGAUCGCGUGGGCACCAGCUGUCGACGUUUUAUAAGAUAGCGCCGUGUCUGAGUACAUUCUUUUAUGCCUCCAUCCCAUGGAUACUCGCACGUGUGUCUGCCAGGAACCGUCUGAGAGGUCUGCGACUGCCCACUCGUGCGUAUGUGCCUGUGCGUGUAAUGCGUGCUGCACUCUGUCAGUCAGAGAGGAACCAGUCGUGUCGGUCGCAUGCGUGAGUCAAGGAUGCGGGCAGACGGGCAGUCAGGUAGCGAG